UCUCAAGAGCUUUAACACUAUAUAUCCACUCUCCUUGUGACAAAAUAUCACCACUAGAUAUAUUCUCAGUACAAUGUAUCCUUCUUGAACUAUGUAGAAUAGGACAAAGAUGAAAAAUUCCUGAUACAAUAUUCCCAGAGUUACUUUUGUUAAAGUCUGAUAAAGGAAAGAUUUUCCAAAAGUGAUUAUGACAUAGUAGUAAUUUUUUUUUGACUAACAUCAAGUUCUGUCCCUUUAAUUGAUUCUAUUUCUUGGAUUCCCCUCAAACGACGCAGCUUUUAUUCACACUUAUUACAAGACUCAUUCUUGCCAAUAGAGAAUCAAGAUUCGACCUUUUUCAUAUUCAUAAGCACACAACAAUAUUUUUUGGAAUAGUGAUAUUCUAUUCAAUGAUAAGGGGAAGUGGAAGAGCUACAGGACAAUCCUACAAUGGGAUUGUAAGAAGAAUGGUAAGUCUUCCUCGUAAUAUUAUGGGUGGAUUUUCAAGAGUAAUGGAUCAAGGAAUGGACCUAAUGGGAAUAGGAGGAAGAAGAAAUCAACACCAAUUACCACAUCCAAAUUUCCCCUACCAACACCCUUAUGAAUUUCCUUUUCAAGAUCCAUUUGAUUUCCCUACACAAAAUUACCCACAUGACCAUUUAAAUGUCCAAGAAGAAUGGGCAUUUUUGACAAGUUUUGAGCAGCAAUAUGGUACUGAACAUCCCUUUUUCUAUGCCUGUCGGUUCAUGGAUGCACUAAAGAUAGCCAAAGAUGAGCAUAAGUUCUUGUUUGUGUACCUUCACUCCCCACAACACCCUUUCACCCCUUGUUUCUGCAGUGAGACUUUGUGUUGUGAGGUUGUGGUAGAGUUUCUUGAUGCUAAUUAUGUAUGUUGGGGUGAACUUGCUGAUAGAGGGGAAGGUUUGCAGAUGGCUACAACUCUAAAAGCUUCAAGCUUUCCUUUUUGUGCCCUUGUGGCUCCUGCUCCUGGAGAUAGCAUAGCUGUGCUGCAACAGUUGGAGGGUCCAGUCUCCCCAGCUGAAUUGGUGGAGAUAUUACAAAGAACAAUGGAAGAACAAGGGUUGGCUUUUGGAAGUGGAAGGGCCAAAGAGCAAGAAAAGUUAAGGGCAGAUCGCCGACUGAGGGAAGAACAAGAUGUAGCUUACAUUGCAUCUCUUCAGAUUGAUCAGGAGAAAGAGAGACUCGAGAACAUAAUGCCCUUACGACGAAAUUCAAAACCAGAACAUGCCCCAAAUAAAUCAAAUCAAGAGAAACCGAAACAACAUCCAACACAGUCUCAAUCCAGUAAGCAAAAAGAAGCUACCUCUGCCAUAGCAACUAUGCAAAACCCUACACUAUCCCAAUCUAGCAAGAAGAAAGAAGCUACUUUUGCCAAAGCAACAAUGCAAAACCCUGCACUAUCCAAAUCUAGUAAGAACAAAGAGUCUACCAAUGCAAGUGCUGGGCGAAAUGCUCAAAUAACUCAGAUUGCAAUUCGGUUUCCAAAUGGAGAGAGGAGAGAGCAUAGUUUCUCAUCUACAGACAAGAUUCAAGCAAUUUUUAGGUACAUUGAUUCACUGGGGUUGCCUGGAGUUGGGAAUUACAGAUUGAUAUCAAACUUUCCAAGGAAAGUGUAUGGUGUAGAUCAAAUGGGAGUGACACUCAAAGAUGCAGGCCUUCAUCCUAAAGCAAGCCUCUUCCUGGAACUUAUUUGAAGUUAUAAGCAUGAAAACAUUUUUAUAUGAUGCCCCUGCACCAAGCCUUAUAUAUAUGACUAUACUUUUGCAACUAAUAUAUUAUGAUUAGUACGUUUUAUUAUGAUACGUCGUUUGACUCUAUGUGUUGGUUAGUUAAGGUUAGUGAGUUGAGGUACUUGGGAAAUACAAUGCUAUACAUUUUAAAUUUGUUCA